AUGAUAACAAUCAAUCAAUACAAAGAUAGAGGAAGAUGUUUUGUAGCUAGUGUACCAAUCAAGGCUGGUACAGUGAUUGUCAGAGAGUUGCCAAUCAUUCAAACCGUCAACUAUAUGGAUCCUCUUCAGAAUGCAUUUUGUCAUCAGUGUUUGACCUAUCAUCAUCAACAUCAACAACAUUCAUCACCACUACUACAUUGUUCAAAGUGCAAGUUGGUAUGGUAUUGUAACAGAGAUUGUGCAUCCAAGGAUGCUGAUCAACAUGAAUUGGAGUGUCCUUCCUAUUCAAGAUUACAUAGUACCAAUCUAUUUGACAAUGAUUGUAAAACAAUGAUGAAAAUGUUGAUCAAGAUAAUAGUAUAUAAUCAUUUAAAACAACAACAACAACAACAACAACAACAAGGUGUUGAAUCAACAACAACAACAACAACAACAUCUAUAGAUAGUUUCAACAUUAAAACUAUUCUAGAAUUGGAAGGUAAUAGAUCACAAUUUCCAACACAAAGAUUAUUGGGUCUAUCAAAGAUUGCAAAGUUUAUAGAAAAAGGAUUGAUAUCUACUAAAAAAGAGUUGAUGAAUGGAUUCGAUCAACAAAAAUUAAUCAAUAUAAUGUGUAUCUUGGAAUGUAAUACUCAUGAGUUGGCAUUUACUAUUCCAACAAUUAAAGAAAAAUAUUCAUCGUCAUCAUCUUUAUCAACACAAUUAGAGUCAAUGUCAAUUCAAGAGACUACUACUACUACUACUACUACGUCUACUGUGAAACAAGUACAAAAAGAAGAGAUUAAAAUAACAUAUAAUUAUAAAUCCAUUGGAUCUGGAUUAUAUGAUCAAUGUAGUUAUUUUAAUCAUUCAUGUCAACCAAAUAUAUUUAAAGUGAAUCAAACACCUGGAGGUGAAUUGGUGAUGGUUGCAUUAAGAGAUAUAGAGCAAGGUGAAGAACUAUUUUACAACUAUAUACAAAUAUCAAUGUCUGGUGAAGCAAGAAUCAAGAAAUUAAAGGAAAGCUACUUUUUCAAUUGUCAAUGUCCAGGUUGUAAAAAUGCACCAUCACACAAACAAUUCUUGGACAAGUAUCUUUGUAAAGUUAAACAAUGUAAUGGUGUCAUUACUCCAUUAUCUAAUCUAUGUAAUAUUUGUAAACCUUAUCUAAUUGAUAAUGAUAAUAAAGAAUCAUAA